UUUAGCUGGCCCGGCACUGCGGUUGAGUUUGAUUUAAAAAUGGAGGAACCGUUCAAACUGAACUAGUUGGUCAUUGCUCUGCAAAAGCAAGAACUUGACAUUGAUAAUCGUCAGCUAGUUUUCAAGGAAAAGGUCGUAACGCAUCGGCAUAGCACGAGGUUGUUUAAUUAACAUGGGCCCAAUGUCUGUAGCAUUGAUUUACACGUUAUCGCUCCUUGUGGUGACAGUCCAUGCCAUUGUCGAUGUCAAAGUGGGCAUGUUGCACCAUUGGCCCCAGCAUGACACCUUUAUUGGUACAUUUUACGUUUUUCCGGCCGCCCAAAUCGCCUUUGAAACCGUCGCUAAACGCUUGGAAACGGGUCAGUACCAGAACUUCAACAUGUCCUACGUUAGCACCGAUGAGUGCUGCACACGCCCUGUGCGGUCUUCAGGGGCACUAGCCGCGUCCAUGUACUACGAACAUGGAGUAGAUGCUUUCCUUGGUCCAUCCAAGAGCAUUGAAAUGGCAGCAGUAGCUGAUAUGGCAGCUUACUGGAAUCUCCCGGUAAUAACUGCUGCUGCCAGCUCUUUUCCUCUUGCAGACAAGGCGCGUUUCGCAACCCUGACCCGCACUUUCCCCGUGAUGACAGCAACGAGCAAAUUCGUGGCUGAGAUUUUCCAUCAGCACCAGUGGACAAAUUGUGUACUACUACGGUUCCAGACACCGCGUUUCUUCGACAACAUCGUCCCGUCUUCUAUUACCACUGCCCUUCAAGCUGCUGGGGUCACUGUGGUCGAGGUUUUUGCCGACAACUAUAAUACUCUUGAUCGGGCACUGGAGGAAGCUGCUACGUGGAGUAAUGUAAUUUUCAUUUGUACCUCGUCUGUCCGUGACAUAAUGGUCCAUGCCUACCGUCUGGGCUACGAGGCGGACUCAUACACGUUUCUGCACUGGUACCCGUUCGAGAGAACGAGUUGGCAGACGAGUUCCCAGUUUCAAAACCUUAACAAGGAAGAGACAGAGGCCAUGAAGGCGUUAGUCGUCUUGCGCCCACAGCUUCCGAAGUUCGACGAAACGUACCAGCAAUUUCAAAGGAAGUUACAGGAACGCCAGCAGACUUUGUACGGCAAGACUCAGGUCGAGGAUAGCGUUCUGGCUGCGGCCACUCAUGAUACCGUUCUGAUGUAUGCAGACGUCAUCAAUGAGAUCGUGGCAGAGGGCGGCGAUGUGAGGGAUGGCAGAGCAGUGACUAAAAAGAUGUGUAACCGAAUGUUUGAAGGUUUGACUGGGACCUUCAAGAUUGGCAAUAAUGGGGACCGUUUGCUGGUCAGCCAGAUGCUGCUAAUGACGGGUGACUACCCUGGAAACUUCACUGUCGCUUUUACGCACGACGAAGCUGCCCAUUCCUAAACAUUGACGAGAGUGGAGAUCGGAGACCGAUUGUUAACUACCUAGGAUGCGUUACUCCCAUUUUUUUCUUUAGGCGUUUGUUUCUUUCAACAUUCUGGUGUUGGCUAAAAUUGUUAUUUUCAACACAUUAUUUUAAUCCUUUUUGAACUAGUAAUCCACUGUUAGAAUUCUAGAGGUUGAAAGUAGUUCGAUUUUCGACUAAAACUGCAAAUAAUACCAAAACAGUGCACUCCAGUUCAAAAUAAGUUUGAAUAGAUUACGAUAUUUUCACCAAAUUGGGACAGUGGGAUAAUUUCCUGUAAAAGCAUACCAUUAUUCAUGUUUAUACCGUAUGAUAACUUAGAAUCGUUAUAUUAGAGGCAUUUUCUGUUCACUGCUUCCACUGCUGCAGCCUAUACUGUCCGGUAAGGUACCCCAACGUCGUAGUCAACGUGUCCAGGACAGCAUGUACACGUACAUGUAUAAACAAUGAUAGUACACCUUAUGCAAACCCUUAGAUUUUAUGCAAAUGAGGAUUUCCAUAUUCAUGAAGAAAACUGUGCUGCCAUCACAGGAAGGCUAAAUGCCAUAUUGCUUUGUACUCAAAAUGUUCUCCAUUUUUAGAGAUUUGUUCCAUUAAAUGUCCACUUCGCUGAUUCAUUGUUCGUGUGAAUGCCAUUACCGAGCAUCAACUGUGGGCUCACAGUUUUACAAAAAAACCCUAUGCACUGAGCAAUGUGUUACCUGGAUGACGUCACAGCACCAGCGCCCUCAAGUAGUAUUGGAAAUGGUGGAGCUGGUCAUUAUUUUCCUCCUAUAGCUACCCAAGGGUUAAAGUGAUAUAUGUAUAUCCCCUUGGGUCCCUACCCAGCCCACCUCAUAACUUUGCUUUGCUCAUAACUUUGGUGCAGACGGUGUUGCGUACAGGAUUUGCUCGGUCGGUGUUAUCAUACAAUAUUUAGGAGGUGACGUCGGUUUGUGGUUGUUUAUCGCCUUACUCAUAACUUAGGUGCGGGCGACAAAUAUUUAUAUCACUAAAUAAAUAAAUAAAUGAUAUAUGAUAUUAAAGACCGUUGAAAAUAACAAGUGUGUCAACAACUCAAGAAACUAAAUGUUGUCAACGAUGCAAAGGGAAAAACCACUCAGUGAAAUUAAACUUUAAGUAAAACAGGUGAGCAUAUUGCGCAUUGCUAUCUUUGUAGAGAAAAACGUUUCAAGUAUCUUAAUUGUAAACAUGGAAUUUAUUAAUACAAAUGUCAAGUGUCGCCCCGUCCGUCCACACGGAAAGACAAAACAAAUAUGCGAUUGUCACGAAGCUCUGAUUUGUAACCACCAAAAACAUAUUUCGCAAUGUUAUUUAUGUAGACCUAAAGUGAUAUUGGAUUUAAACAAAUAUUACUAAAGUUAAAAAAAAAUAAAGUUAAAAAAUAAAACAAUGACUAUCGAAAGAUAUUUGUAACUAAUGACCGCGAAUUGCUUAAUCAAAAUUGUAAAGAUCCAAACUUUGCUUAUGGGUCUUAUGAUCCAAAGAAUCUGGUCACAAGAAAGAAGAACUGGUAACAAGAAAGAUGAGCUAUGUAACGCAAUGUUUUUCACCCAAUGUAUUAUCUAUACAAAGAUGAAAAAUGCAAACUUUUAAUUAUGAAGCCUGAAACGUUAUGCUAUGGUGUUCAGCCAGUUUUUCAAUUUGGGUCGCACGAUGUCAAAGAUGUAAUUGGUCAUCAAAUAUGUUAUUUUUUGGGAAAAAGAUAUAAAUGUCCUUGCCAAAAUUAAUAAUGAGGCAUAUAAAUGUGUUGCUUUGCAAUCGAAAAAAUCUAUUGUAUACUAUUCCACAUGUCUCAUAUAAUGCAUAUAACAGGAGCAAAAAUAAAAUGAUGAGAAAAAUAGAAUCGGUUGUUAAACCCAUUUUUGGAUAUGGCAAAAAGCCUAAUCCCCUUACUAAGUGUAAAGUUGUUAAUCAAGAGAGCCUUAAACGUAUAUACGCUAAAUUACUCUCAAAACGUAAGGACAAAAGCUUUAAAAUCUCACUCCUAUUUAUGAUAAAAAUAAAAACCUAAUGGAUUUUGAUGAAUUUAAGGUGCGUAUGAUGGUUCUCCAUGUACCAUUAAAUCGUUAAUUAGCGUUAAUGACAUCUUUUAUGGAGCGCAUGGAACAAUGUCUUAUUGGGCAAGUGUAAGAUUUAAAGUUGAAACGGCCGUUACAGAACAAAAAAUCAACAAAGCCAUAAUUUCAAAGGAGACAGAUCCCAAAGCAUUGGGAGGAUUUAGCGAUAACGAUAGCGAUGGCGAUGACAUUAUAGCUGAUGAAUUACCCUACACACUCCAUCCUUAUGAGCUAAAACAUUAACUUAUAUACUUAACUUAUAUUAACUUGCAUUGAAUUAGUCAUCUAUGGACUCUAGUUUCCUUUUAAAACUAGAGUCCAAUAAAAAUGUGAUAUUGUCUUAAACGAAUAGGUAUUAUAUGAAUAAUGAUAUAAAGUGAUAUAAGAGAUGAAUAAAAUUUCAAUACCGUAUAAGCUUA